UAUUCCCCAUCUCUGACAUUCACUGGAGUCAUCAUUGAAAACAUAUUACAACCUAAAUACAUUCUUAAACCCUAUAAAUAUGGUGUCAAGAGAAUGAUAGGAAGGCAUCAGAAAUCUACUCUUCGAUCUUAAUCGGAUACAGUAGUCUCUACACCAACAGAUAUAAAGCAUGGAUAUUAAGGUUAUGGAAAAGAAGCUGUAUGAUGCAUGCUUCGAAGGAGACGUGGAGAUGUUGAAGGAGUUGAUGAGAGAAGAUGGACUCACUCUUGCUCAACUUUCAAUUUCUUCUUGCUUUAACCAAACACCCCUGCACUUAGCUUCCAUGUUAGGUCACUUUGAAUUGGCUAAGUUUCUUCUUUCUUAUAAGCCUAAGCCUGACUUUUCAAGACGUCUUGAUUCACAACAUCGUUCUCCUCUUCACGUGGCAUCGGCUAAUGGAUAUGCGAAUAUUGUCAAAUUGUUGUUAGAGUACGAUCAGGAGAUGUGCGGAGUUCAUGAUGAGGAUGGAAGGACUCCUCUCCAUUUGGCUGUGAUGAAUGGUCAACAUGAGUCUGUUAUCGAGUUGAUGAAAGUCAACUCAGAGUCGUUUGAUGAAGAAGAGACAGUGCUUCACUUGUGUGUUACUUAUAAUCGUUUGGAUCUUCUUAUUCGUUUAUUAAAGUUGAAUGAUUACGAUCUGUCAAGCAUCAAAGAUGGAAAUGAUGACACUGUUUUACACACUGCAGCAGCUUUGAAACGGGUGCAGAUGAUUAAAUAUCUGGUCAAGAAUAAAGUGGAUGUGAAUGCCGUGAAUAAAAAUGGUCUCACAGCUUUGGACAUAGUAGAGAAGAUGCCGAAAGAUCUGAAAACCUUUGAAAUUAAGGAGCUUCUUAUCUCAGCUAAUCCUUCUAUGGUUGAUGAGGGCGUUGUACCAACCACGAAGACUACCACAGCAGCUGAUGAUAACAUACGAGGAGGAGGAGGAGGAGGAGGAGGAGGAGCUGAUGACGACAGCAUAAUCAAUGUGGUGAAGGGGUGGUGGAUUAAGAUGAAAAAGUUUACCAUCCAUCAAAAUAAAGCUGCAAUAAAGGACGAGUACGUAAUAUUAGCAGCAACUGUAAUAGCUGCCAUGGCUUACCAAGCAGCUAUUAGCCCUCCUGGUGGAGUCGCUUCAGCGGAUGCCACAGAAGCUUCAGCUCCUGACCCUUAUUUUCAAUAUUUUAGUCUUUACCCUGGAGAUUCCCUUCUAGCCUACAUGUACUCCUCACUGAGCAAUGUGUUUUGGACCGCGAACACCAUCUCUUUUAUGGCUGCUCUAAGUGUCAUCUUUCUCUACGUAAGUGGCGCAACCCUGAAACAGAAGCUCUUCAUUUGGCUCAUAAGGGCUGCCAUGUGGAUAACUCUCACAGCAAUGACUGUGGCCUAUGUGUGUGCAGUUUGGGCCACCACGCCAACGUACGAUUCAAAUGACAAAACACUUCGUGCUGUCCUUAUCGGACUAGGUAUUUGGAUGGGAUUGAUUUUCCUAUCAAUUUUAGCUGUUAUUUAUCGUGCAAUUCGCUAUGUUGUGCGAAUAAUUAAAAGGAAAAAUAAAGCGAGGUGGGAGAGAUAUACAAGAAGAGACCAUGCCUCCAUCAUGCCCCAAAAUACCCCUGUCGACACUUUCACUUCUCCAGCCUAGCUGCAGUCCUUUUGUUUUCCUUUACUAUGUAACAUAUUUAUAUGAACUGCAUUUUCUAAGAAUUUCUUUUAUGUAAAAACUCGCAAUCCCUCAUGUAAUGCUCGCAUUGUUAACUAUAAAUGCAUAAUAAAGUUGUGUGUGAUACAAGCAAAUGUUUUGAGUU